UACCAGCAUGGACGAUCUACAUUUACAAACAUGUAACGAUACUCCCGGGUUCAAACCAUUUACUUUAUUAGACUCUUUAUCUUAGACAAACUAAAAUAAACUUCUGGUGGCAGUUACAACUGGCAUUAUGUUAGGAUCAAGCUAAAGGCAUAUCUCAUCUAUACGACUAAAUAUAUUUUUCAGAUCUUAUACUAUGCUUACAACUACUGUAUGCACUGUUAUUAUCACCAUUAUUACCGCUAUUAUACAAAAACAUUAAUGUUAAUAUAUAAUCAGAUCCAUUCUUAUUUUAUCAUAUUUUCGAUUGUGUUGUUUUGUUUCGGGCACAAAAUGCAUAACUGUAGUUUUUGUUUUCAUGACUGUUUUAAAAAGUGAAUCUUACUCCUUUAUUUUGUCUUGCAUUGUCUUACGUCAUUUCUUCACCAGCUUAUUCACCCUCUUAAAGUUUUUAUCAUCACCCCCUACAAUAUUAACAAUACUUACGGAAAAAAUUUUAAACUUCGUCCGUGGUUGCUUAGCUAUUGAAAUGGAUGAACGAAGCUAAACACUAAGGCUGAAACCUGUUAUGUGAUAAAACUGUUUUUAAUGCUCGAGUCUUUCAAUAAAAUAAUGCCACCCGUUGAUCAAUGUUCGCGAGUUUUCACAUGUUUGGAACUAAGACAUGAUCAACUGCUACCUUUACCAUAACACUAUUGAACAUCUUUUCAUCUCGUGUCAUGUGAGAGCAAAUGUCGUAAUUGUUUCAAAUAAGUUGUUCGGAAAUCGUUUAGUUCUAUUUCAGUAGAUAAAGACCACUACAAUACGAUGAAGAACUCGAAAGGAAGUAGAAAUUGGUCCAACUUAAAGAUUUCGACGUCACAACUUUCAGAAUUUCAGGAAAUUACUCCUUUUCCUAGACUUUUGUGGUAUACGAUUCUUGUUCUGGAAGUUUUUAUUUACGGAAGUUAUCCGCUGUCUGUUAAACUGAGCAAAAUUGACAACAAGAUUAAAUACAACACAACAUCAGUCGUCAUGUUUAUUGAGUUAGGAAAGUUUGUUUUCUCCUUCAUCAAUCUUUAUCCAUUAUGGAAGCGCGGGGAACUAAAGAGACAACCUUUGAUCGUUUGGAUUUCAUUUUCUGUUCCGGCCAUUCUUUAUUGUUUUAACAACAACGUUUCAAUCUUGGUUCAGCAGUACCUAGAUCCUGCAAGCUACGUGAUAAUGAGUAAUUUGAAGAUCCCUAUCACGGCUUUCCUCUAUCGUCUCAUAAUAAUGAGACGUCUUUCUUUUCGCAAAUGGUUUGCUAUUUUUCUUUUGACUGCUGCAGGAACUUUAAAUUCUCUUGGAAAUCUUGUAUCGGAAGAAAAGCUUCAUGAUCACAUAAAUGACGUUCAUGUCACGUUAACUGGUCUUUUCAUAAUGCUUGUUUCUUGUGUUGUGAGUGGAUUGGCCGGUAUUUGGACUGAGGUGAUGGUGAAACGUCAAUAUGAUCUGUCACUCCAUCAACAAAAUGUCAUGUUGUAUUUCUUUGGUGUAUUAUUAAACAUCGUCGGCUUUCUUAUUGUUGACAGUCCAUCUUUUUCAACAGGUGGCAAUGAGAAUCUUUCACACAAAAUUAACAACAUAUUUCAUCAUUAUAAUCCUUGGGUGAAAGUGAUUAUCUGCUCUGAGAUCUGCUGUGGUCUUAUUGUAUCUAUUGUGAUGAAACAUGCAAGUAACAUCACAAAACUUUUUAUAACGUCAUCAUCAAUACUCGUUACCACUCUCUUCGCGUUUCUUUUAUUUAAGUUUGAGCUAAACGUAUUUCUCAUUAUAGCUGUAGUUUUAAUAAUCUUUGCUCUAUGUUUAUACAAUCAUUAAAAAUGCAUCGUUACCAAAACUCUUACGAGUAAA